ACAGAAUCAUUGUGAUACUUAGAUUUGAUUGGGAAUCUAAAAUCGAGGCAACUAGAAGAAGAAGAAGGUCUGUGUCAGCUAAUAACCGGUUCGGUUAACAUGGAUCUGUAUACGAUGUUUGGGAAACUUUCAGCUGGAAACGAUAAUCAGUCUCCCUUGAAAAUGCCAGGCAAGGAAGCCGCGCGCGGAAAGAUGCACGUUAUUAAGCGCAAUGGGCGUAAGGAGGAUGUCGAUUUUGAUAAAAUCACUUCCAGGAUUACCAAACAGUGUUAUAAUUUGGAUAUGAAUUACGUAGAUCCAUCCGCCGUGGCGAUUCAAGUGAUACGUGGUUUGUAUUCUGGAGUAACUACAGUUAUACUUGAUAAUCUAGUGGCUGAAACCGCAGCUACGAUG